AUGAAGUGCGAUGGACAGAAGCCUCGCUGCUCACAUUGCAUCACGUAUGAAGUAGAGUGCACGUCCACAGCACCCAGCCGCACGUAUCUGCCGAAGAAACAACGGAACUAUGCAAACGUCGAGGAUGGUAUCAGCAACAUGGAAGGUCGUUUGGGACGACUAGAAUCUCUGGUCCAACAGGCUACAGAGCGUUUACAUAUUGCUGAUAGGAAAAAUGAAGUUGAGGCUCCACUCCAGCACAAGGAGUUAGCUACGAUUACCAUAGCGACACCGUUCACGGUCACGAGAAACGAAGACGACAAUAACUCUCCCAAAUUGAUGGGUCUACCUUCUCUGCAGCAGGCCCUGCCUAUCAUAGAAAUCUACCUCCAAGGCUUCAACUCAGUAUUGCCGCUAUUUCAUGCCGAGACUCUCCUGCAGCUGGUUCACGAUUGUUACAAUGUCGGACCUCUACAAAGAGACCCAGUCGUAUGGGCCGCCAUUAAUGUUGUUUUGGGUCUCGCACACCAAUACAACCCUUUGGCGAGUCGUGACAUUCCAUCUUCGGCUGCAUAUCUUAGCAGAGCAGAAUCAGUGCUGUCGAGGGUGGUGCUAGGCGAUAUCCAGCUACUCAACAUUCAGGUUUUGGUGGGCAUGGUGACGCUACUUCAAGCCUCCCAAGAUCUUCAGCCUGCGCUACUCUUAAUUGCCACAACAAUACGUCUCGCACAUGCGAUUGGCCUGCAUGACCGAGCCUACUCGGCGCACCUAGAUUGCCUCCAUGCGAAGCAGCGGGCUUGCGUAUUCUGGUUAGCGUAUGUCCUUGACAAAGAUCUCAGCAUGCGCUCCAAACAACCGUCAAUCCAGAUUGACGACGACAUCAACCUUGACAUGCCUUCGCCAGCAAGCGUCGAAUAUCAUGAGGAUGGGAUUAAAAGCAACAAUACCGUCGACACUACUGGUGUAAUCACCACCACCGACGGAGCCGUCGGAAUGAACUACUUUGUGGCUCGCAUACACCUGGCUGCUGUUGAAGGAGGCGUGUAUGAUUAUAUAUACUCAACGCGCGCUCGAAAACGCAGUAUAGAAGAGCGGUCCCGGGCAUUGAAGAGUGUAGUUUACGCCCUUGAGCAGUGGAAGGCUUCUAUCCCGUCCGAAUUCCACGCCUCUGCGUGCUUAAGCAGAGUACCUCCUGGUAUACUAUGCUUCCUUGGAGCACUGCACUCCACGAGUAUGGCUUGCACAACUCUUAUCAACCAAGCCAAUGCCUGGGACGUUGAUUGGAUUGCCAGUAUACGCAGGUAUGGUAGGCAAGGCAUUGAACCGCUGCUGCCACCAAAGUGGGAGAUUUUGGUGGGUGAGGCGCGCGAUUUGCUGGUUUUAUUUGGGGCAUUAGGGAAAACAGAUCGGUGGAACUUCUGGUAA